CUGCUAAGGAGCGCUAAAGUGGCAAUGAAACAGCCCAACAGAAAGAGAAAGCUUAGUAUGGAUUCCAAAGAGCUUUUGAAUCAGGAUGGAUGCUUGGAGCAAGCUGAGGAAGAAAAGAAGCCCAGGGAUGGUGCAGCCCCGUUGAGUCACGUCCCUUCAGUGACUGCACAAGAGGCGUGGUCAUGGGAACAGUACUUGACAGAACAGAAGGCGACAGCAGCACCCGUUGAACUGUUUUCCAAGGACCAGUCCUUUCCGGAGCAUGAAAAUGGUUUUCAGGUUGGAAUGAGAUUAGAAGGCAUUGACCCCCGACAUCCAUCUGUAUUCUGUGUGCUUUCUGUAGCUGAGGUAUGUGGUUACCGCCUCAGACUUCACUUUGAUGGUUAUUUAAGCUGCUAUGAUUUUUGGACCAAUGCUGGUUCCCCUGACAUUCAUCCAGUAGGGUGGUGUGAGAAGACCAAACACGAAUUGCACAUCCCUAAGGGUUAUAGAAAAGAUAAAUUUGUUUGGAUGGAUUAUUUGAAGGCCUGCAAAUUGCAAAAUGCUCCCAAGAAAUUAUUCAGAAACAGAAGUUCUAAUGGGCCAAUGCCUAAAGAAUUUCAGGUUGGAAUGAAGCUGGAGGCCGUCGACAGGAAGAACCCUUCCUUGGUGUGUGUGGCAACCGUAGCCGAUAUUGUUGAAGAUCGCUUACUAGUGCAUUUUGACAAUUGGGAUGAUAGUUACGAUUACUGGUGUGAUGUAAAUAGCCCUUAUGUUCAGCCAGUCGGUUGGUGUCAGGAGAAUGGAAGAACUCUGAUAGCACCCCAGGGUUAUCCUGAUCCAGAAAAUUUUUCCUGGACAGAAUAUCUGGAAGCCACUCAAACUAAUGCUGUUCCUGCCAAAGUUUUUAAAAUGCGGACGCCGCAUGGUUUUCUGCCGAGCAUGAGACUUGAAGCGGUGGACAGACGGAACCCCAGGCUCAUUCGCGUGGCUACGGUCAUCGAUGUGGAUGACCAGAGGGUAAAGGUUCAUUUCGAUGGCUGGGACCACAAAUAUGACUACUGGAUGGAUGCAGACAGCCCUGACAUUCACCCAAUUGGAUGGUGUGAUAUAACAGGGCAUCCACUGGAAAUCCCAUAUCGAGCAAAUGAUGUGAAAAUCCUUCCAGGUCAAGCUGUUUGUCCUACUCCAGGGUGCCGAGGAAUAGGCCAUAUCCGUGGUCCACGGUAUUCAGGACAUCACAGUGCUUUUGGCUGCCCAUAUUCAGACAUGAACUUGAAAAAGGAGGCAACUCUUCAUGAUCGUCUGAGAGAACAAACACAGGCAAAUUUGGAAUCCGACUCUUCACAUUCGAAAUCGAAGAACCUCUGCAGUUUGAACUUCAGCGGAAAACAUGAAAAGGUGAACAGUCAGCCCAGACCUGUACAGCAGGCAAAGUGUUUGAAAAUCAAAGGAAAAGAAGAUAUUGACUUGGAUAAUCUCUUCAGAG